AUGACCUCGGGCUUGACCGCGAAAACUUGUUCGGGCGCCACACGGGGUUCACCCACCUGUGGUUGGGGUUAUGGCUGCGGCUGGAAUGGGAAACUCAUGGCGCGACACUCGGAUAGACACGCGGUUUUGCGGUUGCUGAGUCGUGGUGAUGCAUUGAAUGGAAACUCGUCGUCGUCGAUGCCGGCAACGGAAGUGGAGAAGAUCACGUUGAACGGGUGCUCCAAGUUGACAGAUCGCAGCGUCGCGGCCAUUUCGAGGAAAUGCCCUAGACUGCGUCACUUGGAAGUGCGCAACUGCCCGAACCUCACGGACCAGGCCUUGGUGCACUUGAGCCACCGAUGCCUAGACCUGGAACACCUCGAUUUUUCCGGUAAGAAUAACUUUUGCCCACCAUGUUCAAGUUGUUGUCUUGAAAUACGGGACGUGAACAAAGUCCCAAGCUGUUCUCAAAUAACUUGUUUGAGUUUGCAAUACAUGGACGGUCUUGUCGGGGGUUCGAAGACAAGGUCAGUGCCGAGUCCCGGAGGAGGCUCUGGUAGUCAUUCCGAGUCACAAGUGGACUCUUCGUCGUCGUCUCCAUCUCCGUUGUCCAUCCCACCGUGUCUGCCACCGAAGCAGAUGUGUCUCCAGUAUUUGGACCUGACGGAUUGCCACAUGUUGGGCGACAAGGGCCUGACUACCGUCGUCAGCGUCUGUACCCAGCUGCUCUACCUCUACUUGCGACGAUGCAUCCGAAUAACUGAUAUCGGAGUUAAUUCCGUGUCCAUCUACUGCCAGCUGCUCCGCGAGUUCAGCGUCUCCGACUGCGUCCACGUCACGGACGUCAGCCUCUCUAAGCUGUCGAGCCUGGGCCCGAAUCUCCGCUAUUUGUCCGUGGCCAAGUGCGAGCAAGUGACUGACGUCGGCCUAGCACACAUUGCUCGGCGCUGCUACAAGCUCCGAUAUCUGAAUGUGCGUGGGUGCGAAGCCAUCACUGACAACGCUCUGGAAGUGUUGUCCAGAUCGUGUCCGCGCCUUCGAGCCCUGGACAUUGGCAAAUGCGACGUUACGGACCGCGGACUCCGGUUUUUGUCGCAGUACUGCCCGAACCUCAAGAAACUCAGUCUCAAGAGCUGCGACGUCAUCACCAACAAGGGCAUACAGUACAUUGCGUAUUACUGCCGGGGACUGCAGCAGCUCAACAUUCAGGACACUUGCAUCACGGUGGAUGGAUACCGGACGGUGAAGAAGUUCUGCAAGCGCUGUAUUAUCGAGCACACGAACCCGGCCUUUUACUAGCCGAUACCGUCCCGUUUAUUUAUACCAAGUGUUUUUGUUGUUGUUCGUCUCCGAACCGUGCUGUGAUGUGACGAAAGAAGAUGAAAAUGUGGACAGAAAAUGUUGAGCUGAUCAGGGUAAACGGCGGAGGAGUGGACCAGCAAGUGCCAGAUACCAAUUUAUUUUUUGUUUGUUUAAAGUAUCGUUACGAAAUGUCGAGAAUGCGGAAGAAUGAGCUGGCGAUGAUUAAGCUGCAUUUCGGGCCGAAUGAAGUGAUUUUUCGGUGUCAAAUCAUCACAUUCACGCAAAUGUAAGACGCAUCCUUAGUUUAACCUUCCGAAAGACUUGCUGUUGCUUGCAUUCGAAUGUUGAGUACAGUACUGGGUUAUGUAUGUGCUUCCAUUCGAAUCAUUCACGUCUUCCAACGCCAUUCUUUUGACACCUGAAACUAAUAUAAAGCAUCAUCUGGCCGAAUUACAAAAAAUAUACGUGUUUGUGAGCCAAAGUGAAAAAGCAUGUGUUGCUUCACGUAAAGUAACUUGGUUGUCAGCAUAGUAAUGCUUUCAACGUUGAUUUUACUUCAAAAGACUUUCGAACACUUCCCUGCACAAUUCGUCAUUCUAAUCCAAUGCUUUUCAAAUUGAAAUUGUCAUUAUAAAGUUGGUGUAUUUCGUGGUCCACCCCGUUCUGUACAAUAGUUCUCCACAUAUUGCGGAGAAAGUGAAAGGGUGACGUACAUGAAUUAGGUAAUUUCUUUCAGUUUGAAAGGCAAACAAAUUUAAGGUGCGUCUUAUAUUCGCGUGCAUAUGAUUUAUCAAAAGUGAAGGUGGCUCCAGAUCAAAACACUCAUGGUUCUGUGGAGUUCUCCAUGCGGAAAAAAAGGGUUGAGUUUCGUGUCUCGGAACUCGGUAGUUCGGGGUGCCAUUCCUUUUUUUUUUUUUAGAAAUGCUUCAUGCUUUGUCCUUUAUUUAGUUCUCUGACGCGAGCAUUUCAAAUUUCGUCCAAUUCUUUUGAAAAUAUUGCGCGAGAAUUCCAGCAAAUUUGUUUUUAACGAACUGCAGCAGCCAAGCCAAAGUCGACUUUCCCCUCGAAUUUUGAAAGGCCAAAAGAAAGGCCAAUGAUUCAGAGGUCUUGCGUUUCUAGUGCAGAUUGCUUGCCCGUUUUUCUUCCAUUUUUUAUUCCAGUUUUGGUGCUACUGUGCGAUUUUUUUUGCCCGUUGUAAUGACGGAUACAUUGUGAUAAAUUUUUGCGCGCGACUGGAAUUCCCGUAUCAGGGUUAAGGAGAGAUUUGCGAGGACGCAUGCGGUAUACUUUUGGCCUUUGUUACGAUGCAAGGCUGUUUCGGAACGUGUGAAAGUGUUUGACGUGAAGUGCUGACAUUUAAUAAAAAUGCGAGGUUUACAGCAAA